CCCGAAGUUCGAAGCGAACGAGCUGAUGGCCGACGCCAAGCAAGAUGACCCGGCGCCAGCGACGAAUCGCGAGUCUGAUGGCGAGUACGAAGAUGGAGGAAGCAGUGCCAGCAUGUUUGCAGAGUUCUGGAUGCAUGACCUCGUUGAGUUGGGUAACGUCGACGUCCUGAAGGCCGCCCUGGACGAGGACGAGGAAGGUUUCCUCGUCUCUCUCAAGGAGAUCGACGACAUGGGUUGCACGCCGCUUCACACGGCAGUAUUGCACCCAGUCCAGUCGGUGUUGUCGUAUCUUUGGUCGUUUGGGGCUGAUGCCCUGAGUCUCGACACUGCCUGCAACGGCACCCCGACGCUCCACCUCGUCCUCCGCAUGUGCACGUUUGCAGAGCAUCGCGGCAUCCUGUUGCCAUUCCUCCGCGACUUGCUCAAGUGUGAGACAUUCAUGGAAUCCGCCACCCACACCAAAGACGACGUCGGCAACACAAUCUUUCACGUCGCAGCCAUGGCGAACGUGGUCGACGUACUCGAGCUACUGGAUCCGCCCGCGACAGCGCUUGAAGUCCGCAACCGCGUCAGCGAACGCCCUGUGCAUGUUGCCAUCAAGUUUCGCAGCCUCGAUGUGCUGCGCGCCCUCGUUCACGACCACCACGUCGACGUCACAGCCCCAACGUCGUUUGGUGUGACGCCGCUCCAUCAGGCCGCUGCUUCGCCAGCUGCAUCCACAAUUUUGCCCAUGCUAGACCCCGACUGGCGCACGUCAACAUGCAAAAACGGCCUCAAUGAAACCCCUCUGGACGUCUUCAAUGCCGCGGAGCGCCAUCGCAUUCCCGCGACCGACAGCCGGACGUGUGCUUUCCUGUACCAUCCAGACGCAAUGGAGCACUUGCCGAUGGCAGGCCACGUUCGCGGCAAGGACGAGCCACCUCCCGAAAACUACGAACGCAUGAAGAGUUUGGUGUUGCCCGGGCUCGGCAUCCUGCGCACCACGGAAUUCACCAACACCCCCGAGCUGCAUCCAGUCCAAUGGGACCACGACAUUCCCAAGGCCGACAUCGCCGACGUGCUGCGGAUUCAUGACGUGGCUUACGUUGAAAAGCUCAAGGGCCUCUGCGGCCGCAUCCCGCCGGACAUGACGGCGGACGACCUGGCGUCCUAUUGCUUGGAUCCAGACACAGCGCUGUCCUCGCAGUCGUACGAAGCGGCGCUGCGGGCGGCGGGCAACGUGUGUGCUGCUGUGGACAGAGUCGUGGCAGGCACGACUCGCAAUGCAUUUUGCAUCGUCCGACCGCCUGGCCACCAUGCCGGACCGGUGGGAAAGGUAACUUGCGACCACGAUCGCGUGGGUAGCCAUGGCUUUUGCCUGCUCAACAACGUUGCGAUCGGGGCGGCGUACGCCCGCAGCCACUUCAAGUCGCAGGGAAUCCACAAAGUCGCGAUCGUUGACUUUGACGUGCACCAUGGCAACGGCACGGAAGAAUGCAUCCGCCACCUCGUGCACCGGGUGCAGGACCAUUCCUUUGAAACGCCGUUCGUGUCGGGCACCCACCGCACCCACCAGUACAAACCGUGGCGCAGCGCCGACGACGCAGCCAACGUGUUUUUCUGCUCAGUCCACGGGUAUGGCCCCAAGGACCCCAAGCAGGAAUACCCGCCUGGCCAGUUUGCCGGCGCGUGGUUCUAUCCUGGUUCUGGCGAAUCGACGCCGAUUUUGAAUCUCGGCGAGUUGGCCGCGCCGUCCGAGCCGCUCGUUGUCAACGUCGGCCUGCCGUACCAACGAGGAAACUUGGCACGUCAAGAGUGGCGCCGCGUGUUUCGCAGCGACAUUUUACCCCAAGUCGUGGCCUUUCAGCCCGACAUCAUCUUCCUCUCGGCUGGAUUUGACGGCCAUCGCUCUGAAAACGUCAACUGGGGCUAUGUAGGCUUGAUGGAGCACGACUUCGAAUGGCUCACACAGAGCGUAGUCAAGGUCGCCAACACAGUGUGCAAUGGCCGAGUGAUAUCGGUCCUUGAAGGCGGCUACAACUUUCACGGGCGAGUGGCGUCGCCAUUCUGCCGCAGGUCCGCCAUCCUGCUCGAUACGCGUGGCGCAUGCGGCAACGACUCUGUGUUUUCCAUGUAGCGUCGCGGCGCACGCACGAGCGUUGGUGGCUGGAGCCCAGACGACGGAACCGUGGAACGAAGACGAGAUGGCGCAUGAAGCCCAGUGCGAAGCUGCCUUGAUUCUGGAAGCGUCGGCCAAGAAAAAAGCACCCAAGCCGACGGAAGAACCCUCGGCACGAACAAGCUGCCCUCAAGUUGACGCUUCCACCGACGAGCCGUCGUCGACCCGAACAUCCAAACGUCGGCGAAAAGAAGUCGACUACGUCGCCUUGGCGGCCGAGUUGGCCCAAGAAAAGCCCGAAUAACGCCCCCGGUGGCAAUGUCCGUGCCUCAAGGGCCUGCCAUGCGCCAUGAUAGACACACGAAAAGAUCGAAUGAAGCUCCAUGUAUUGCCACCGAAACUUGGAAAAAUCACGUCGAUUGAAUUCGUUGCAUUCAAC